CAUAGGCUUACGUAGUGUAUUUGAACUAAUUAAAGAAAGUAGAGUACCUUCACCAGACAUAUGUACUAAAGCUUUAAUGGCUUUGUUAGAUAUCAUUCAGUACCAAUCUCCAGAAGCUUUAAAAGAUGAACCAUCAGAAGUUAUAGAUCCAUUAUAUGAACUUUUAUUGGAUAUGGCAACUGGAAACUAUGAUAACGGGACUUAUGAUUUUAAAGCAGUUUCGUGUUCUUGUCUUAUAAGUUUAGUAAUAGUUAGAGGAGAUACUGGUAAAAUAUUAAACACUUUGACAACAUUAAUCAUGUGCCCAAAUAAUGCAUCCCCUAGAAAAAUAAUUUUACCAAAAGUCUUAACCAGUCUGCAAAAAUGUGUCCGUGUUCUUACUCAUGGGGAUUAUGAAACUCCUGAUUGGAUGUCUAAUGGAGUUCCAAAAUCAUCUGAAAUUAUAACAUUAAAUUUGAACUAUUUACAGAAUGUCAAAGGAAUGGUAUGUGAUGGAGAUUAUUUGUAUACUUAUUCAGAAUACGGGUUUCAUAAAAUUGGUACUGGUUUUGGUGGUACAGUUAGUGGACAUCCAUAUGUCAAUGUAGCCCGUACAUCGAGUCUUACUUUAAAUUCUAGUGAUGUUUGUCUUGGAUUUUAUCAAAAAAUGUUAUACUUAAGGGUUUAUUAUGCAAACCAGACUUGCAGUCAAGAAAUUGAGUUUUUAGAUAGAGAGACAUUUAAAAAAUUAGGACGAGUUCAGCUAGAUACUUCAGUAACAUUAGAUACAUCUUGUAAACCUGUAUUCAAUGAUAAAGAUAGAUUAUGUUUCCUUGAUCAAUCUGCAAACAAUUAUGUGAUUAAGAGUAUUGAUCCUAGUACUGGGAAACUUGUUAAUGAAGUUCCUCUUCUAUUAAGCCGUCGUAAUGUAAGAAUUUAUGGCGUUUCUGAAUUAUGGGAUUCUAUUACAGCUGAAAGUGCUAUUAACAGUGCUACUGAUGAAGAAGUAUCUUCUGUUGCCACUUUAAAGGAUUGUUUUAUUAUAUCAGUUAAGUCUGGAAAAGCAUUGCAAUGGUUAAAAUCUAAUGGACAAAGUACUAUGAAUUGUUAUCGUUCUGUAUGGUCAGAGUUAAGUUUACCUAAUCCAUGUAAAAUCAUCAAAGUAGCAGCUGGUCAUGAUGGCUUACACUGCGUGUUGCUUUGCGACACGGGAUCAGCUUAUUUCUUAGGAGUAUCACGACGUGGAGAAGAUUGUGAUAAUGGAAGAUACAGAAAGCAACCAAGAGUACUGAAGCCAAAAAGGAUAACUAAAAUAGAUGGACAGUUUAUUGUGGAUGUAGCUUGUAAUAAUGGUACAACGGCAUUAGUGACUAAAGAUGGUCUUUUGUAUAUGUUUGGAAAAGAUGAUACUUAUUGUGAUAUACAUACUGGUCUUGUGAAAGAUUUAAAGAAUGCUAAAAUUGUUCAGAUAGCUUUAGGAAAAGCACAUGCAAUUGCAUUGAGUGCUAAAGGACAUAUUUAUAGUUUUGGCAUUAAUAACAAAGGUCAAUGUGGACGUGAUAUAUGUGUCCCUCAAACUAAUAAAAACAAUUAUCCCGAAAUAACCAAUAAUGAAUCAUUAAACCAAAUUAGUUCUGUGGAUGAACAGAGUAUAUUUGAGAAUGAUUGUGAUGAUAAUAAACCUUGUGAAGAUACUUGUAAACCAGGACAACAUAACUGGAAACAUGAAGUUUGCAUGGUUUGUACUGUAUGUGGUGAAUGUACAGGGUAUAGCUAUAGUUGUCUUAGCAGCAUACGAUCCAAUCGUAAAUCUGGCCAGGAAUGCGGUUGUGGUGAAGGAGAUGCUGGAUGCACUAUAUGUGGAUGCUGUCGUAUAUGUGCUCGAGAAGUUGAAGAUAAUUCAGAAUUAGCUUUGCUUGGACCAAAUGGCGCUGGUGAUAUAGCAGGAAUGAUGCGACUUGAUGUCAUAUUUGGGAUUGGAGAUAAAGCAAAAACAUCCCAAGAAGCAAGGCUUGAAGAUCAUUUAAAAAAGCGAUUGAAUAAACGUGAACAACGACAAAAAUUUAAUUCAGUACUAGCAGAUUCCUCUAGGGAUGCAGAUAUUGAUAGUAGUAUACAAACUGCUAAUAAUACAAACAUUCAUUUUCAAACUCAUAACAGUAUAAUAGCUCGAAGUUUUGUUGAUGAUACAGUUAAUAAUCCAGGGAGUGAUAUAGAAAGGGAUACUGCUAGAAUGACUAUUUUACCACCUGCCCGAAUAUUUUUACCUACAGACUGCCCGGUUAUUCAAAUUAGUUGUGGCUUACAUCAUACAGUAUUGUUACUGAGCAAUGGGAAAGUGAUAACAUUUGGUAGUAACUCUAAUGGCCAACUCGGAUGUAGUUUAUCACUCAGUAGAAAAGGCCCAACUGUAUUAAAAAUACCUCGUUUAAAACAUCCUAUUAUUAGCGUGUCAGCCGGUAGCAAUCAUACUGCAUUGGUAUCAAAAGAUGGUAAACUUUAUACUUUUGGAAGUUAUUUGAAAAGUCAACUUGGUCGUGAUAGUGGAUGCAAUCAUGUACCAUUGAGUGUAGAAGACAUAAAUCCACCUCACACCAGAAGAGCAAGAGUAGUUAUGUGUUGCGGUAAUCAAACAAUUGUAAAAGUUGAUGAGGCGUUAAUAAAUAGUAAAAUUUUAUCUAUUGCUGCCAACAAUGAUACUAUUUUGGUGAUGACUUCAAAUAAAUGCUUAGCUAUUAACAAACAAGACGGAACUUGUAAUAGUUAUUCAGGGAAUAAUCAGAUACAAUUUGACGAAAAACAUACUGGAAUGUGGUGCUUUGACUUGUUAUAUAAUAACUUAUGGCAUAUUAGUGAUAUAAGUGAAAAAGUUGUGGUUACAUGCUACAAUGUGAAUAGUGCUUGUAGGAGACAUAAUGAUACUGGUUCUUUGUUGAAUUAUGAAUUAGCAUUACCACCUACAGCUGGGAUUUCAGUAUCUCGAAUUCAAGUUUUAGUCAAUUUACUGACUUGUAUGGACAUUUUAGCCCAAAAUUCAUCAUUGUUUCCUAUUGGUAUAGCAUCAUCUCAUAGUAAUAUACCAGUUGCAUCAAAUACGAUAGAGCCAAAAAAAGAAUUUUUACACAUCAACCGAUUUGCAAGUUUAGGUGGUGGUUGGGGGUAUUCUGGACAUUCAGUUGAAGCUAUUCGGUUCUCAGUUGAUUGUAACAUUGCAUUAGUUGGUUUUGGUUUAUUUGGAGGAAGAGGAGAGUAUACAGUUAAACUUAAGAUUUAUGACAUUGGUGUAGAAGGUGGUGAGCGAGAAACUGAUGGUGAACUGUUAGCAGAAACUGAUGAACUUACUUAUGAAUGUGCUCCUAGACAAAAAAAUCCAGUUUUACUUGAUGACCCUAUUGCUCUUUUUGCAAAUCGAUGGUAUGUGGCAUGUGCUAGAAUAACUGGUCCAUCAAGUGAUUGUGGGUCUAGUGGAAUGUGUAGUGUUACGAGUGAUGAACAAAUUACAUUUACAUUCAAAUCAUCUCGAAGAUCAAAUAAUGGUACAGACAUAAAUGCUGGACAGAUACCUGAAAUAUUAUACAGAACUGUUAUUCCUGAUUCACUAUCAAUAUCAACUAUACAUACAGCAAAUAGUGAUAUUCAUAUUUUAAGUGAUGCUUUUUCACACUCAGUUAAUAAGGAAUGUUUUAAUGCUUUGAUAACGUUACUUCGAUGGUCAUGGACAACAAUCAAUAAAAAUAUAUCAGAUAUGUGUCUUCCAUAUUCACAGAAAAACUUUUAUAUGGAUUUAUCGAAAAAAGAUACAUCGUCAAUUUGUGAACUUAAACGACUGAUGUUUAUAAGUAAAUCGUGUUUCCAUUUACUUCGUUCUUAUAUUCACGAGAUAUAUCCAGACCAAGUUGACAAAAUUAAGCUACCUGAAACUGAAGCUCUCGCCAGUUGCGUUGUUGAAGUUCGACAACUUUUGCAAAAAAUAUUAUCAGAUAUUCGUCCACACGAAGUCUUAAAAAAUGUUGAUAGGAUAUUUAUUGACAAUAAAGGUAGUGAAGUAGUGAAAAUUAUGAAGUGUAUUAAAUGGUUAAAUCAAAUAUUGAAUGAAUGUCAUAUGACAUUUGUGUCAUGUUACCAUGCAUUUUACCCAACACCUCAUUUGAAAUUAUAUUCACUAUGGGAACUAUUGAUGGACAAAAAAAAUAGUGAUCAUAAGAAUAAGCUACUCACUGCGGUAGUGGCUGCAUUGUGUAACACUACAUAUAGACUUCGUGAACUUAUGCCAAUAUUGAAACCAACUAAACUUGAUAAAUCUGGAUCAUCAGAUCAAGACCACCAGUAUUAUUAUCCAUUAUUAGUUAACGCUACCACAUCAGCAGCCCAUAAUAGUUUAAAAAGUGAACCGAAUUGGGAAGUAUUACUCACACAUCUUUUAGACAUAAUAGGGUUACCAGUGCGAAAUGUGAUACUGAACGGAAAAAAACCUGAUAACGAUUUGAAAUCACUUUCUACUAAUUGCUCGCAUCUUGUCGCGAGGGUUGUAGCUGAACUAUCAUCUCAAGCUACUUUAUCUGAAGAUGGAACAGAAAUAGUUAAUGAAAGAGAAAUUUUGCUAACCACUCCAUCUAGAUUUGCUAAAAUCAAUCAAACCAAAACAUGGAAUGCUGGUAAUGGUUCUCCUGAUGCCAUUUGCUUCUGGGUAGAUCGUGCCGGUAUUGCUAUUGCCGGUUGUGGGGUGUUUGCUGGAAUUGGAAAUUACGAAUAUGAACUUGAACUGUUGGCUGAGAAAAAACAGUUGGAAUUUGAUGAACCUCAUGGUAAUCGUUGGAAAAGUUUAAUAGUAACUAGAGGGUCAUUUGGGCCAGAUGAUAGUGCAAUGAAUUACGUUGCGGAUCUAAAAUUUGAUCACCCAAUACGAAUUAAGGAAAGAGUUAAGUAUGCUAUCCGUCUAAGAAACUAUGGUGGCCGAACAAAUAACGGUGACAUGGGGUUAAGUUGUGUAAAAGGACACGACAAUACACUUUUUUCAUUUAAUACAUGCUCAUUAAGCUUAAAUGGAACCACCCAAUCUCGUGGUCAAAUACCUUAUAUACUUUAUUAUAGUCAUGAUAAGAAUUGCGAUUUUGAACGUAAAGUGUGUAAUAAACUCAAAGCUCGGGAGAGUACAUUAUCAUUGUUGAAAACAGUUGUAGAAAAGUCAAUGGAGUUAAUAAAUAUGAGCGUUGAAAAAUUAAAAAAAGAUCCACUUGUGUAUAAAUAUUUAGGAGAAUCGGCUAUUGUGAAUGUAUUACUUCCGUUGGUGUUGGCGCAUAUUGGCCCGCUGACAUCUUUUUCCAAAGACGCGAAGAGCGCUAUUCAUGUCUUGGAGCUCAUAAACAAGUUGCUACCGGCUGUGACGUCCAUUAAUUUGUACUCCGCUAACAAAUUAGACGUAAUGCAUAAAGACCUGAGUGAUAAAUUGGAUGGGUCAAAACAGUUCGGAAAGUUCAAAUCCUCCAAAACUGAAAUCAGAGACUCCAAAUGCACAACAACGUCCCAUCAUUAUGCAUGGGUUGAAAGCGAUCAUCCAUAUACAGCUGCGACCGUGUCUAAUUACAAAGUUAAAUUCCCAAAAGAAGUCAAAUGGUUGUGUCUAGAGUUUGAUCCACGAAGUUGUACUGCACAGACUGAAGAUUCAUUGCAACUUUACAUACCAAAUUAUCGAGAUUAUAGUGAUGAUGAUAACAAACACGUAGUUACUACUCCUUACAUACCGGUUUUGAAAAAAUUUAGUAAUGACCCAAUGGAGUGGCCGUUUGCUGCUGUUAUGUUGCCCGGUAACGAAGUCAUGUUUUCACUGGAAACUGCGUCGGAUUAUCUUAAGAACGACAGGAUUUCUCGGUAUGGAUUUCGUUGUCUAGUAAUUGGGUACGAAGUAGAAGAGCUAAGUAAAUAUCAAGCUCUUGGCUAUGGUCUCGUUCAUUUGGAAACUGAACUUUCGUUCCUCGGAGGGAUGUGCGUCUCAACACUCUUAAAAUGUGAUAUAAUUUUACCCAACGACGAUUCCACGCAUGGCUUGGAACAAGGUUCAGUAUCAGCUGCUGAUCAGGUGUAUGCUAAACACUCGGGGUUAUUGAAAAAAGGAUUUGCGUUGGCGCCAUUUCUUAACAUUCAGCAGGUCAUGGACGGGGUUUUGCCAUUGAGCGUGGACGGAAACGAAAACCGAUUUCUCAGAGAGUUCGUUAGUUGCGCGCCUCAUUCGGCCGGUUGUCGGUUGGCCAGGUGGCUCCAACCAGAGUCGGUCGUCGAACCGGAUUCGUGCGAGCUUUCGCUGUCCACGGCCGAGGUGCGGUGUGGAUGGCCGGCCAAAUUCACCGUCCGGACGCGUGACCAGUACGGUAACCCGGUUCAAUCGACCGGGUUAAAGGUGGAAUUCUUCACUCAAUCGAACUGCAAAUCCAAAGCCAACCCAUACAUAGACAGGGGCUCUGGUGCGGUGGACGACAAGUAUUUCGGUGGACACCCUGUUCCAAAAACUUACGUCCCAUACGAAACGGUAGUCAAGGACAAGUUCAGAUAUCAAACCAUUACAUUCAUGAAACAUUACGAGAAUUAUUCGUUUGAAGAACUCCGCCUGGCGUCACCGUCGGCAAAAGGCGACUCGGAAAAGCUGCCGAUGGAGUCGCAAGGCAACGGUACUUACACCGUGUACUGGACGCCGAUUGCCACCGGAUAUUACGACAUCAGGGUGGAAGUGGACGGAUAUCCACUGACGAAACAAACGAAACACAUCGACGUGAAGGAAGCGCCUUUCAAUGGCGCCAAGCCCCCGGAUCACGGGCAGGCGCUAUCGUCUCCCGCCGCGAAAUUGCUGCAGCACGUGGGCAAAUACAGCGCUGGACUUCGGAUCCGCACGCACCCGUCCCUCCAGUCCGAGCAAAUUGGAUUCAUCCCCGUCAAAGGGAUCAUCGGGUACACCGACGAGAUGAGCAACGACGACGGUGAUUGGGUUCUGUUAAACUCGGAAUCGGUGGAACGGCAUUGCCAGCGGAGCGCGCCGCACAUCGAAGCGUGGUGCAUGAGGGCCAACAAAUAUUUGAACAGCGAACAGUUCUUGUUGCCGGUGAAUGGGAAAACCGGUGGACCGAAAGCGCCCGCCGCAGCCAAGGGAAACUGCAGCGACAAACGUGCGGUCGUCGCGAUUCCGGACAUACCGAAGCCGCCAAACAGAGAAAUACCCAAGUCUUCAUCGAUGCUUCCACCGCCACCACCGCCGCCACCACCACCACCACCACCUCCGCCACCGCAACAGCCGUCUCCUGACCACUCUGCAGGGCAGCCAGUCGACUACAAAGUCGUUGUGUGCGGCGCCUCGGGACACAACAUCCGGAAUCAGCCGACGUUCAAGGCCACACCGGUCGGUAUGCUCGUCCAGGGCAACAUCGUUCAGGCCGUGGACAGGGUGACCAACGGCGAGGGCGUGUGGGUCAGACUUUCUGACCAGUGCGCCGCGGCACACUGCGGCGUUUCGUGCGCGACAGCCUGGUCGCUGGCGGCUGACACGUCGCAAGUCAUCUACUUGAAACCGGAAAAGGAUCAGAAAAUGGAGCGACAAGACCUGCAGUGUUUCGUGCAGCGAAUAGACAACGAGGUUAGAGACCCUAAAGUGACCAACAGGAGCAACAACGCCAACACGCAGCCACCACGUUUCAACACGAGUUCGUACGUGAUCGAGCAGUUGGACAUGAUGGACGAUAACGAUAUCAAAAUCGAAAAAUUGGAAAAGCAGUACUCGCCUAAACGGAAAAAGGACGCGAAAGCGAUAGAAGGACUGAACGCCAACCCUUUGCCGAUACCAUAUCAUCGACCCGUAGGCCAGGACAGUCGUUUGAGCAACGGAAACAUGGUAAUGAUGCCACCGAGUAGUCCACGCAAGACGGCCGGCAAUAAGUACGCCGCGGAAAAGGCCAAACAACAACCGUACAAAAUCGCGUGCAAAGUAGACGUGACGGGUUCCAGAAGAACGACGUACAAUCAUUCGUUAUCGGCGUCAAGCGAUACCACAGCACCACCGACCACCAGUUCAUCCUCGGUUGAUACCCAUAUGACCUCAAGCUUGUCCACGUCCGUUGAAAGCUCAGCAGAUCAACCGGAAUGUUUGACUAAAGUAGAAAUUUUCCCUGGCGUUGCACAAGCAGCCACACAAACGACGCCGGAAAAUGAGAGAGUCAGUUUUGUACCUAAUAGUAAAAUAAAACAGAAGUUGACACUAAAAAAUCGUUCAAAUUCAAAGAAUGGAUUAAAAACUGAUCCUGUCUCUUCACCAGAAUCCAAAGAUCAACCAGAUAUAACCUUACAAGAACCAAAACAAACCGUGAAAAUGGCGUUAAGUCCGUCGAUGGCAGAGAGCCUCCGUGCCGUGUUUGCCGCGUUCCUGUGGCAUGAAGGCAUCGUCCACGACGCUAUGACCUGCGCGUCAUUUUUGAAGUUUUAUCCGAGUCUUCCCAAGAACGGAGCGGUGGUGACGAAACGGAUGACUGAAAGGAACAAGGACCGCGGCCCGCAGAGGCAUUCGGUGGAAGUGACGACCGGCGCAGGCGGUUACCGGCACAUCCGACCCAACGAAGUUAACCGGCCGAAACCCGGAAUGGCGUUACCCGCCGAGGGAGCCAUCACCGAGGAGAGCAUGACCAGUUCUGGUAACUCGGAACUAGCAGACAGCCAUCACGCGCAACCGGAACCGUCCGGUGGUGGCGGCGAGUGCCGGACCACCGUCAACUUUCUGCCGCCCGCCCUCAACUGCAUGGUCAGGUUGUGGGAUCAGAUCGCGGCCGAUAUGCUACAGAUAAUAACUUCAGUUGGAGUGGUCCGCAAGUCUUCUCCUAGGCGGACAGCGGACGGUAGCGGUGAAAACGGCGAAAACGACGGCGACAGAUCGUCAGUGGAUCCGACCACACACGCUCACAACGAGCGGAUAUUCCGGCGACUGAUGCCCAACUACCAGGCCAAGGAGCCCAUGUCGUGCGAGCUGUGCGGCGACACGUUUGCCGUGCCCGUGUCCUAUCACAUGCUUACCACUCACCCGGGAUGCGGUCACAGCAGCGGCGGGCGCGGUUACACCAGCAACGGUACCUACAAGACCGGUUGGUCGGGCGCGUGCGGCGAGGGUGGUAUCGCGUGGUAUCUGCUCUGCGAGUCCUGCCGCGGCGGUUACAUGAAGCGCGCCAAACCGCCACAGCCGUCGGCCGCCGCUUCCGGUUCGGCAGGAUCGGCUCCUCGGGCCCGGAAGACCGGCGCUCGACAGACGGUGAUCACCUACCCCGCGGCCAACGACGACGACGACGGUCAUGAUUUCUCCGACUCGGACGACGAAGGUGACGACGACCGUGGUGGCUGGAACCCCAAGCCGCUGCAGCCCAAACAGCUGCACGGAAUAAACUAUAACGACGAGCUGGUCGACAGCCUACACGUGACGUUCAAAGAGAACGCAAUGUUUCUGUUGGACUUGGCCAGCACUAGCGGCGGGAGACUGACCGGCGACGAACCGACCUCAACAUCGGGACCUUGGUCCGUAGGCGAGUUCAAAUGUCUGGGCAGCCUCGAGACUCCUGCAGCCUGUAAAGAACUGCUGCAUUCCGACACCUGCAACGAUGCUCUUCUACAGCAACUUCACGACUGCGAUUCAGCGGGGAUUUUGUCCGCGGGCCAAGAUGUAGUAGAUGGAACCGUGAUGCGGAGCUUUCACCGGUCUGUGUCGAUGGACAUCGAGAAGUCACCGCUAAGACGCCAAGACAUGAUUAACCGUCGAAAACGGAUCAAUAGUGCCAUCGACCCUGACAAUGGAUUAUCAAUGGUAUGUAUGCCCUCGGCGGCCCUACAGGCGCUCGUUCCCAGCGUCGACAACACUACAAUGGUGGGUUGUUCAGCCGACGGUAUAGUAUCGAACAACGAAAAUGUGUCCGAAAUAAACGUUUUCAACAGACCGUCGAUGGCGUUUAUUGUCGAAGCACACAAUUUGGCCGAUCUCAAAUGGGCGAUGAAACAAGCGGUGAGGAAAGCCGCAUGCCGCAGUUACGCUCUACAAGCACUUAACUGGUUGCUGCAUGAAGUGUCUCGAGCAUCGUGUCUGCACGAUCUCUUGUGGUGGUUCGUGAUAGCGCUGUCUGCCGAAGUCCGCACGGUGGACGGGACCAAUGACUCCACUGACCCACGAUGUCGACAUCCUCUAAGUGAUUUAUACCUAGCUGGUGAAUCCGUCAACCCACUACCGCAGGUGUUCUAUCAGUUUUUGCAGACUGUCUCCGAUCUGAUGCUGUACUUACCACCGGGGUCUGCGCUACAGAUGAUGGCCGUCCGCUGUUGGGAUAUUAAUUUUACCGCAUCCGAUCACAUGUUUUUGCACAGGAGUAAAGUAUUUAGUAAUAUCAGCAAAAUAUUGUCGCACAGUGAAGAUUAUCAAGACAUUUGCGAAGACACUCAACCAGGUGUAUCUUUAACUGAUAACUUCGUUGUGUCGUCACUCAAAGAUAUAACAGAAAAUACAGAAAUCUCUGCAACUAGCAGACCGGCAAUGGUCCCAAAUUUAAUCGAUCGGACGACCGAAACGUUUUGGGAAUCAAGCGAAGACGACAAAAACAAAUUCAAAACAAUCACGAUACAAUGCAAUCAUGCGUCUGAAGAACCGAAAGCACUUUACGUUCAUUUCGAUAAUUGUCGCGAUUUAAAUAACAAAAUAUCGACGGUAGUAUUUUCGUCCGGCCAAACCAUCGAACAGCUGAAUAAAAUACAAACAAUCGAUGUCGAUACUCGAUUCAGUGGUUGGCUUGGAGUUUACAUACAUGACCAAUCGCACAAAGUCCUCUGCGUCGAAACACGAGGGGCAGACACGUCGGUGCGUGUAAGACAAAUCAAAGUUCUCGGAACUGUGUCGGGAGAGUCUCUCUCGCACGGUCGCCAAUACAGUUAUUCUACCAUACAACAUCGGCAAUGUGAAAAUGAAACACUAAAAGUGUUCCGAUCUAUCACAUUCCAGGUUUUCGGGAAACUAAUACAAGGAAAAAUGACGUCAAUGGAUUCUAGUGUUGAAGACAGCAAAGAUCUAAAAGAGCAUAUGGUCGGAAUUUUGUUCAGUCAAAGCAAAUUGACCCAUUUGCAAAAACAAGUAUGCACUCACAUAGUAGACGCCAUCCAAAAGGAAGCAAUCCUAAUGCGCGAAGAGUGGGAAAAGUCCGUUUGCAAAAAUGAUACCACAUCCAACAAUGGUACGGUCACACCGACUGACUCUUAUUGUUUCGAAAUGCUGUCGAUGGUAUCAGCUCUAAGCGGGAGCAACGUCGGUCGAUCUUAUCUAGCAAACCAAUACGAUCUGCUGUCGAACUUGUUGAGCUUAUUACACACGGGCAGUGCCAGAGUCCAAAGACAAGUAACGUUAUUGCUCAAACGAGUAUUGCCUGAAGUAUCUCCAAGCGCGUUGGCUUCGUUGACCGGAUCUCGACUACCUUCUACCGGGUUUUCCAUCGAAAGCCCACCGUAUAAAACCUACCAGGUAGGACUGCUCGAUAGUUUCUUGGGCAUCAUUGCGAAAGCGUUGAUAUUGCAAGUGAAAGUGAAGGGUGCGAAUGGAAGCAAAGUCGUUAAUUCGCUGAAGCUCCAUGACGUCGAUUUGGACGAAGACGAUUCGUUGUGGUAUCUCAAAGGGGUUUCUCACAGAAAACUGGCCGAUGACAUCAUACAGAUCUUAUGGGAUUUGUCAAACGGAAAGUUGGGCGGUAACAAAAACUGGAUUGACACGACCCGGGCAGCGAUUGCCGAAAACAUUCUGAAAUUGACAAGAAUAAGCAAAGAGCAUAGGACAAUGGAUUCGUGCAUCAAAAAUUCCGUAUUGUGGUUGGCUCUUGCUUCACACUGCGUGUUGCAUCCGGAGCAUGCAGAGAGGUUAUCGUCUGGUCAGUGGUUUAAACCGGAAGAUUCGAAGCCAGUUCCACCGAGACCGCUGUGUACGAAUCACGACGACGGCGAGACCGCAGCAUCGAUACAAUGUCUCACGUGUGGAAAUCUUUGUGUUGACUGCGACAGGAUCUUACACUUGCACAGGAAAACCAAACAUCACCAGAGACAAGUGUGCAAAGAAGAAGAAGAAGCAAUCAGAGUCGACUUGCACGAAGGAUGCGGACGGACCAAACUAUUUUGGCUACUUGCGCUAGCCGACAAGGCCACUUUGCAAGCGUUAGUCGAGUUUCGCGAUACGACGUCCGGCUCUUCAGACUUAUCGGCACCGGUUGCCAGGGCCAACGUGUUGCAACUUGCCAGAGUCGGAGUCUGUCGGUAUUGUGGCAUGGUCAGCAACGACGGAUUGCUCGCCAUCGGUAACGUCUGCGCCAACGACGAGUGUCAGUUACACGCGCAAACCGGAUGUCAAAGAAUAUUGAAAUGUGGUCAUUUGUGCGGGGGCAUCAAAGGUGAGACGAAAUGUUUACCGUGUUUGCAUGGGUGUGCCUCCGACGAAAAUCCAUCGCUCAAACAAGACGCCGAUGACAUGUGUAUGAUUUGCUUCACGGACGCCCUGUCUGCUGCACCGUCCAUUCAGCUAAUCUGCGGACACGUGUUCCACUAUCAGUGUUGCAAGAGAGUGCUGAUCAACAAAUGGGCAGGACCCCGGAUCACGUUCGGAUUUCAACAGUGUCCUAUCUGCAAGACUCAGAUCGAGCACGCGUGCCUUGCCGAAGUCCUGGACCCGAUCAGGGAGCUGAUGGCCGACGUCAAGCGAAAGGCUCUGAUGCGUUUGGAAUACGAAGGCGAUUGUACGAUGAAAAGCGAUCACGCGGCCGUAUAUGCCAUGGAGAAGUAUGCGUACUAUGUGUGCUUCAAGUGUACAAAAGCCUACUACGGUGGCGAAGCUCGAUGCGAGUUGGACGUGGGUGGGACCGAUUACGACCCCGCUGAACUGGUGUGCGGCGGAUGCAGCGACGUGGCCCGAGCUCAGAUGUGCCCCAAACACGGCACCGACUUGCUCGAGUACAAGUGCCGGUACUGUUGUUCGGUAGCCGUGUUCUUCUGCUUCGGGACGACCCACUUUUGCAACGCUUGCCACGACGACUUUCAGCGAGUCACCAACCUGUUGCCCCAGGAACUACCACCGUGCCCCGCAGGCCCGAGAGCGACGGCUUUGAACGUAGACGAAUGCCCACUGCACGUCAAACAUCCGCCAACGGGUGAAGAGUUCGCGUUGGGGUGUGGAGUGUGCCGAAAUGCUCAUACGUUUUAAGAAAAACUAUAACGACUCGAUAUCACAAUAUUACUGUAUUGUAACAUUUAUAACACUGCACCAGAACUCUGCCCGGUCCAUAAUAAUUGUUGUUCAUCCAUGUUUGUAAAAAUACCCAUACAUUUUUCUGCCUUCUGUCUUUCUGCUGCCGUUUCUGUGACAAGCCAGAAGGUCGAGAACCACACUCGCGAAAAAUACUGCGAUUGUUACUUCUCAAACAACUCCUUAAAAAAAAAAAAAAAAACACUUUGACAGCAAUCGAUUCCUCCUCGCAACAACAAAUCAAAUGCCACACACAUGCCACCUUUAAAUUAAAUCCGUACCCAUAGAAUCGUUAUAAUAAUAAAUGCGCUGGAACUCCCAAAUGGAACCGGUAUCCUCUGGUAUAUAACAUUAUACGGAUCGAGCAGAGUUCUCGUAAUAUUACGCGUCGUCUGCAGUCAAAAUACGUAUUCGUAGACAUAUUGUUAAAUUUUAUAAUUUAUUUACGUUGUCAGCUUUUGCAAUAUUUCGAUACACUUAGCAUUGUGUGACUAUCUUGAUUAUAUUACGUACACUUCAUUAUAAUCCGCAAUGUCUGUACUACGCGAAUCUUCACAUAGUUUAAUUUAUUAUUAUUAUUAUUAUUAUUAUUAUAAUUAUAAAAUAUGUUCGUUUGUUGUAGUUAAAAAAAUUAUUAUGUUUAAGUGUAGUGUGCCAAUGUCGAUAUGAUAUUAUUAUUGUCUCCUUUUAUGAAUACCUAAGUAUUAUUGUUAUCGUGUAUAGAACGAUAAUAUGAUAUUAUUAUUAAAUUAUAUGUACCGCGUACACGUACUUAUCGUAGUCGCGUCGCGGUCGUAUAGGGUAAAGAAAGGUCUGUUCGUGAUACAGUAAAAUAACGACAUGAAAUUUAUAAACUGAUAGUAAACAAUCAGCGUACCCAAUCAACGAUUGUACGUCGACCGACAGUAUUACCAUAAUAAUAUCGUUAUCAUUUGACGAUAUUCGUACGUUUACCGGUUAAUAGGUAAUAAUAUUGUCGUUAUGCAAAUGCUGAAAGAAAUAUCACGAAAAUACCUCUCUUUACAAUAAUAUAAUAAUAUAUGCUCCACUAACCCACCCGUCCAUUGUCCCCCUCGAUUGAAUCUCGUUUGAAUCUCAGCGUCGUCUCUCUAUAGUACAAUUAUUUUCGUCUGUUACGUUAUGUUUGUCGAUCGACAUUUAUUCUAUUGCGCAGCAGUUUCGAUACGAUUAGACAAUAAUAUUAUUAUAAAUAAGCGUGCAGUAGGUAGUUUAAAAUUGAAUUAUUAAUUAACUUCGAGGGUACCGACGCGUAUAACAUACGGCCGGUACCUAUAUAUAUCGGAAAGGCGAAGUACCCGACCGAGCUCAGUAUCUUUUCUCUAAUCUGCCUGUGUAUAUGAUCUAUAUUAUUAUCUAUAUAAAUGCUAACGAGUGUUCGUCGAUUGCGCCGAGUAUUUUAUGGACCACCGCGAAUCAGAAAGUUACACAUAAAUUGCGCUACAAAACAAUGAGACAUGAUAUAUUUUAAAUGAAUUAUUUGCGGAAUUUACAUUUUAUAUUAUUAUGAUGCCCCGAGGCUUUUGUGACUUAAAGAAAAAAAAUAAAAAUCAAUUGUAAUAUCCGUGUAAACGUAAAUAAUUGUAGUUUACAUUAGUACAAAAUAUAUUUAUAUAGGUACAUAAUUAUAAUAUAAUAAACUGUGUGAAUCUUAUGCGUUGUUGUACUUAAGGUUUUUUUUACGAUUGUGGAUUGCUAUAUAUGGAAUUUAAAAAAAUCGAAAAGACGUGUUUCUUUGUUUUUGACGGGACAUUUUUUUAUCACAAUAUCGAAAAUUUUAAGCACGUAUUUGUACCAACUGCAAAAUCAACUUUAUUUUUUGAAAUUGUAACGACUAUAUGUAAUAAAAUAAAUGCCUAUAAAAUAGUUAGCAAACACGAUUGUCAAAGAUAGAUCAUUAUUUUUAAUUUUAAUAUACGAGUACACUCAUAAAAUAAGUACUAUUAUAAUAGUAUAAUCAUAAUUAAUUCAUAACUCUAAAUUUUCUUCUUCACAGUUACUUCAUGCAUAAUAGUAAGUUAGUCAAAUUUAGUCAAAGUCAAGGUAGGUUUCUUGGAAAUUCCGUUUAUUGACUAUCUAUAUAAUCAUUAAAAAAACUUCGCGUACAAUGACAUAAGAUACCCAGUAUCCACUCUAUACGGAUCAAAAGUAAUCUAAACACACGCAUGGACACAGAGGUCAUACGUUCAACGGAACAAUCACACUAUGACGAUUUAUUUCGAAAAAAAAAAUAUUGAGUCAAUGACCAAACAUUGUUCUGACCCCAGCGAUAUCUAAUAUGAUAAAUAAUAGUUUUAUUAACUAGUGAUUCGAUAACGUACAACACGUAGGUACAACCCAAUUUCAAUAAAUCAUUAAUGUUGUAUGAAUCGUAUAAUAAUUUAACUUGGUCAGCGAGAUUAGAUACUUUAUAAUAUUGAUAAAACUAAAUAGGAUCCGAAUUAACCUUUACUGUAAGUUUCACCUAAAGUCACCACAUAAUAAUACUAUACGAACCCAUCGUAUUACUUUACCGAAUGAUACACAAACACACAUUGAUCAAUAUUAUUAUGUUCUGAAUUAGGUCGGCGCAAUUGAUGUAUAACCUUUUUGUUUCGUAUAUUUAAUAUUAUAAUUUGUUUUUUUAUUUUGCCUUCGAUUAUUGGCGCAAUCGAUUCGCGUCUUCGACCACAACUAUAUAAUGUUUACUAAUACUAUAUAGUUUUCUUAUUUUUUUUUGUCGGAAGUAAAGAACUUCAACGUUCACUCAGCAGUUUUUUCUUACAUAUUGUUGCGCACCUUACUUCAAACCGUUUAGAAUAUAAUAAAUAAACAUAUAACAAUAUGUACAUCGCCAUAUCGGUGUACGGUUAUUUCUUUUUUCCACCGCUCGUAAAAUGUUUGGCACAAUACGCUCCCGAAAACUAAGAAAAAAAUUUGCUCAUCACGACGCUGCUACAAUAAUAUACCUUAUAAUAUGUACAGCUCACGUGAUUUUUCGCUAUAUUAAAAAUAUGUUAUUGAGUUGAAUACUCAUCAAAGCGCCUGUAAUCGAUUGUUAUAAAAUUGUAUUUAUCGAUGCGAUUGUUUAAUGAUAAUAAAAAAGUUUUAAUUUCUAUCGCUGUCCCACAUCGUCGCCCCCCCCCCCACCCCGUCGCCCCCCGUCGUCCAACUGCGUUUUAAACUCGGUUUUUGAUAAACAUGUUUCAAAUAGAGUUUUUUUUCGCGUGAUUUAUUUUAUUAAUUUGUUUUCAUCAAAUGUAUUCGUUUAGAACAAGAUGUAAUUCCAAAAGCUUAGCAUAAUAUUAUAAUGUUUAUUACGUUUUGGUUUUUCGUUUGUGUUUUAAGUUGUUUGUAAUUAUUUUUUUCCUCAAUUAUUAUUACCUUAUUAUUAAUAGUUAUAUUAUAUUUACUUUUUACCAAAAUCUAAAUGUGCAAUAUAUUAUGUGUUCGAUGUUUUAAAUAAAAUGCAACUAUGAUCUAAUAUAAA